AGUAUUAUUCAGCAAGGAAUCAAUGAUUCGACGGAAAUUCUAAAUGCGGACUUCAUACCCGCGGUAAUAUUAUAUCUCUGUUGUUGUGUUGCGAUCGGUUUUGACGUGAGUUCGCAUCAAUCGCACGCUAUUCCCAUGAGCGCAGCAGCUGAAAACGAGUCAAUAAAACGAUUUUACUCGUGAAGUGUACCUCAGGAAAGUUGGUCGAACAGUCAUAGCGCAGGUCGAUAUCAACAAAUUUUAGCCAAUAACAUGGAAACCGUUUUUUGUCGAAUGAAAUCUGCCAUUUUCCCUAUAAACCCUGAAUUGCUAAAAUUGAAAAUCAGCUACUUUCUCGUUUAUGCAUGCUUAUACUCGUCAAUGCCUUAUAUCUCCAUCAUCGUUACCCAUAUAAUCAAUUACCAACAGCUAUCCAUUAUCUUCAUGUGUGCCACGGCUGUUUCCACACUGGGACCUAUCGUUACAGGAUUCGUGGCCGAUAAAUUGGGAAUUUACAAGGCGAUUAUAAUUUGUGCUGGAUUCUUGACGGGGUUCAUUCACUUGCCGCUCCUUUGGCUCGAGUCGGCUCACAAAAUUCACGUGGCCGAACUUAACGAGACCAUUCAGUUGGCUGGCGGCCCAGCACUGACGUCCGUCGUUAGCUCCACCGCCGCCGCUGUGCCAAGUGAAUACAUUUUCCCAAUCUUGCUGUUAAUUCGGAUCCUGGGCUUUUUAUUCUUGGAUGCCACCCUCACGCUUCUGGAUGCUGCCGGGCUCGCGAUCUCCAAGAAACACGGAGCAGAUUUUGGCCAGCAGAAAAUGGCAGGGUCACUGAGUGCAAUCAUUGUCCCGUUGACGUGCGGACUCUUGAUUGACGCUAUUUCAGAGAAAUUAGGCUACACAGAUUAUUCGAUCGCAUUCUACAUCAGUGCCGGAUUUGUUGUGAUUCUGAUGCCGAUCAUCUACCGCCUGGAAAUUGACGUUCAAAAGAACAAGCAAUCAAUAAUUUCUACAGCCAAAAGCGUUAUUGGAAUGAUUGACGUCGACGUCUUCCUUUUUGUCGAAAUCUUCGUGGGUGCCUGCAUGGGAUUUCACUUGACGUUUCUCAGCGUCUACGUCGAUGCUGAACUGAUUGCGCCUAAAACUAUUUACGGGCUUGCUACCAGUUGUAACGGAAUCAGCGCCGUGAUUUCUUUAUCUGUUGCGAAACCGAUUAUUGAUCGCUUGGGAGAGGCGAACACGGUAGCCCUCGGAUUGGCGCUCUACUCGAUUCGAUUCGCCGUCUUUUAUUUUCUACAGAACCCUUGGAUUUUGAUUGCUACCGAAUCAUUGGAGGGAUUUAGCGGAUUUCUUGGAAUCGUCACGGGCAGCUAUUAUUGUGCAGCUGCAGCACCGCCCGGAAUGCUGGCAUCCCUCAAUGGAAUUUUCUCUGCAGCCGCAUUCGGUCUUGGUAGAGGAAUCGGCACAUCUGUCGGAAGUCUUCUCAUAUCGUCCUAUGGAAUUCGGUCAACAUAUCUAUUGCUCAGUAUGGUUGCUGGGUCAGUGGCCAUUUUAUACCUGGUGGUCUACCACCUGGUGUUGAAGAAACUUGAACAUAAAAGAUUGAUGUUGACUCGAUCGGAACAAGGUGAGGCGACAGCUCAAGCGAAUGGCGACAGCAGUACCCUCAAGGAUGAUAUUCAAGUCACACCUUUGUAGGAUAAUUGAAAUGGUUGAAAUGCAAGUAUGUAUCAAUCACCCGGACAUACACUUGAAAGACCCCGAGUCACUCUUUUGGUGCUUCAUUGGUAUCUCGCUUUCUCACAGUGCCCAACCGUCAUGUUUAUAUUUUUCGCGGGUUCCAGGAGAUUAAAUUUCGC